UAAUUCUACCGAGUUGCUCGCUCGGGUAUUUUGCAACUAUUAUGAUCCAAGCGUAGACAAGGAUUUUACAUAGAAAAUUGCAAUUCAAAUGUCGAGGUUGAGAAAAGUAAGGUUAUCUGGCCGUUAGAAAUUCUAACCUAUGAAAUAGCCGGUGAGCGGUGACGCGUGGAGCACGUGUUACAUCUACGAUGUUGUCUGUAAAUAAUAUUAAAUUGAUUACCUUCGCGAUUACCUCUCGCGUGGAUAAUCGCCAUUGGAGAAUCUGUCGCGAUAGGUGCAGGCUGAUUCAGGCGUUCGACUGUUGGACGAGAUGCAACACGAACAAGGAUUACGAUCCCAGAGUCGAGGCAUUGCGAGAGAAAAUCAUCUACUGCGACUAUUUGGAUUAUGACAAAGUGAAGAUAACUUACUUGAGGCGGUUCUUGUCGAAAAAGAAGGCCGAGCGCUUUGACAAGAAAGCACGGAUCGACAGGCUGACAAAUGUACCCGUCUACAGCGUACUCCUGGACACGAGGGAUGACGGGAGCGACGGCAAGCACUUGGAGCAGGAGCGUACUUUUGAGCAACACGUCGCGAAGCCUGUACACAUGCCGUACGCGAGUACAGAUUCAUACAGUAAUGUGGACACUGACUCGAGCGAAAGUGGAUUUCACGAGGAUACACUAUCGUUGAACGACAAGUAUAAAGCUCUAUAUGAGAGGUAUUUGGCGGAAAAGAGUGGAGGAGUGACUUUGCUCGAUUACCUGGAGGAAGCAGACAAGAGGAAUCUUGCGUCGAACGUUCCGUCCAAUUGGAUGGUAGACGUCGAGCAGUACGACGACAGUUUGUACAUCGAUCAGGACAGUGACUCGACUUGGCUCAACAAUUACGGAACUCCGGAUCCAAGCUGCGCUAUUAGUUCGGUCCCGUGCGGCGGUUGUGGCGCCUUGCUGCAUUCUAAGGAUCAAGCUCUACCGGGUUACCUACCCUCGGAGCUCUUUCGCAACAAGAGCGAGCGAGAAUUGCGAGUUAUGGUGUGCCAAAGAUGCCACUUUAUGCAGCAUUACAACACCGCGUUGGAGGUGAAGGUGUCUGCGGACGAAUACCCCGAGCUUUUAAAAGUCAUCAAGAAGAAGAAGUGCGCCGUCAUUCUGAUGGUCGACCUCAUGGAUUUCCCGUGUAGCAUAUGGCCAGAGAUCAAUAGCGUGCUGAAUCCUUUGACGCCGGUCUUUGUCGUGGGCAAUAAAAUUGACUUGCUGCCCCAAGAUUCCAAACAUUUCUUUACUCACAUUAAAGACUGCCUGUCAAAGGCUGUAGAGAGUACAGGGAUCAAGAAGGAAAACAUUAGACAUGUAGCACUCGUAUCUGCAAAAACUGGCUAUGGCAUGGAACAGCUGAUAAAUAAAUUGCACAACGUUUGGAAGUAUAAAGGAGACGUUUAUGUCAUCGGUUGCACAAAUGUCGGUAAAUCCUCUCUGUUCAACGCUCUUCUGCAGUCAGACUACUGCAAGGUACAGGCUGUGGAUCUUGUACAACGUGCAACCACUUCUCCUUGGCCAGGCACGACAUUAAACUUGUUGAAAUUCCCUAUUUUAAAUCCACAAAAGUGGCGCCUUUACCAGAGGACGAUGCGAUUACAACGGGAACAGCAGCACAGGCAUGCCGAAGAGAAACUCCGAAUCACUCGAUUCAAAGUAACGGGUAACUUGGAACACGCCACGUUGCAAAGUCACAUUGGCAGAACAUUUCAGUCAAACUCGGCGACUAAAGCAAACGAUCCCUUUGUGGAAGAAAGAUACAAGAGGGACACGCCACAAUUUGGUCUUGAUGAGAAUAAAGAAGAGUAUAAAUACAGUCGCUGGUGUUACGAUACUCCCGGCACCAUUCAGCCUGAUCAGGUGUUGGAUUUGCUGACGAUGCAAGAACUUUUGUCGGUUUUACCAACGAAAAUUAUCUCGCCUAGGACUUUUAUUUUACGUACAAAUCAAACGAUAUUUCUCGGCGGAAUAGGCAGAUUGGAUUAUGUAGAGGGCGAGAGUUUUAUUAGGUGUACAAUAUUUUCGAGUAGCGAAUUGCCGGUAACUUUAACUCGUACCGAGGAUGCGGACAGUGUAUACAACGAGUUACUCAAAACGGAAGCGUUUGUCGUACCUGAAAACCGUCCGGACCGAUUGAAACAUUGGCCGACUUUGGGAUCUAAAGAGAUGGAAGUUAUUGGUGUCGGAAAGAAUGAAUCGGCCGUUGACGUUGUUUUAUCAAGCUCGGGAUGGAUCGCGAUCGCUGCUGUCGAACGUGUCUUACUGAGGGCUUGGACCCCACAAGGGCGCGGCUUACAUCUAAGAACGCCAGCACUUUUGAAAAACUCUGUCGCUCUACGUGGUGCUCGAAUCUCAGAUGCACCGACAUACAAGCACGGACGCCAAGCGUACAAAAAAUAAUCUUUACAUAUGUGUGUAUACAUGCAUAUAUUGUACAUAAUACAUCCAAAUCCAUUUCUUGCAUCGCACAUCUGCGAUAACAAUCGAACAAGCUCUAUUAAUAUUUGUAAAUAACUUACGUCUCGAUUACUUGAGAUAUACUUUUCGUUCGACAGAA